CUUCCUAUAGGGACUGAAAACCAAGUGAGGAGAUGAAGAAUUGGACCGUACCAGACCAGAAAUUACAGAGAGGAUAGACACCGCAGAUAGAUCCUGACCAUCACUCAAGGAACAACUGCAUAACUUUGGAAAGACAUCCAAUCCCUUUGCAGCUUUGCUCACCACAGAGCAAGUUGGGUAGUGAAACCAUCAUCUGGAAAUCAGUCAGGUCAGGGAAGCUUUGAGAUAUCAUCAGAUCUGAAACUGGUCAGUGGUGUGGAGCCUUCCAUCCGAACCAACCUUUCUGAAGGUUCGGCUGUGGGUGAUUGGUCAGGAUGAGGCUGGGAAGAAGUGUGAGUGGCUCCAAGUGUGAUGAGAGCUUCAGUCAUUCAUCAAGUCUCAUGAACCACUGACUCAUUCCUGCAGACGAAAGGCUGUUCAAGUGUGUGACAAGGUCUCCCCAGGUUCAUAGCUUCUCCUAAUACACAAAGUGUAUCUGGUGUAGAGCUAUUUGCACAAGGGCAGCUACAUGGAAGGGAAGUCAUUCAAGUGCGAGGCGUGUGGCAGAGCCUUCACACGGUUUUCGACGCUCAUGAAUCACCGGCGCAUUCACACAGGGGAGAAGCCGUUCCAGUGCGAGGUGUGCAACCAAGCAUUCACAUGGCCGACAAAUCUCACGCAGCACCGACGCAUUCACACCGGGGAGAAGCCGUUCGAAUGUGAGAUGUGCGGUAAAAGCUUCGCCCAGUCCUCAGCCCUGGCGGAUCACCGGCGCCUUCACACAGGGGAGAAACCGUUCAUGUGCGAGGUGUGUACAAAGUCAUUCUCACAGUUGUCAUCCCUCCGGGCACACCAGCGCCUUCACACAGGGGAGAAACCAUUCACCUGUGAGGUGUGUGACAAAUCCUUCUCGCACCCGUCACACUUCCGUGUGCACCAGCGCGUUCACGCUGAGGAGAAGCCGUUCAGUUGCAAGGUGUGUGACAGAAGCUUCACAAAUUCGUCCGUGCUCCUGAUGCACCAACGCGUUCACACAGAGGAGAAGCCCUUCACGUGCAAUGUGUGUGACAAAGCAUUUAGCCACACCUCUGCUCUCCUGACACACCAGCGAGUGCACACCGGCGAGAAACCGUUCAAGUGCGAGGUCUGCUCCCAAGCCUUCGCGCACUCGUCGACACUUGCGAACCACCGGCGCACCCAUACCGGGGAGAGGCCGUUCGCAUGUGAGGUGUGCAACGAGCGCUUUGCCCAAUUAUCACGGCUCGUGAGUCACCGGCGCUCCCACACGGGGGAGAAGCCGUUCACGUGCAAUGUGUGUGACAAGUCGUUUUCUCGGUCGUCCAUCCUGCGCGAACACGCACGCAUUCACACCGGGGAGAAGCCGUUCAAGUGCAAGGUGUGUGACAAAUUGUUCUCACACGCAUCUCACUUCCGUGUCCACCAACGCACUCAUACUGGGGAGAAACCAUUCACCUGCAAAGUGUGCUGCAAAUCCUUUUCGCGGUCCUCGACUCUCCGUGUGCACCAACGCAGACACACUGGAGAAACUAAACGCUUCAAGUGUGAGGUUUGUGACAAAGCUUUUGUAAAGUCUACGCACCUCCUGAUACACCAGGGGAUUCACACGGGGGAGAAACCCUUCACGUGUACAGUGUGUCAGGCAGCAUUCACCCAAUCCUCCAAUCUCCAGACACACCAGCGAUUUCACACAGGAGAGAAGCCAUACAUGUGCGAGGUGUGUGACAAAUCUUUCUCACAGUCAUCAGACCUCUGCAGGCACCAACGGAGUCACACAGGGACAAAACCAUUCAGGUGCAAAUUUUGCGAGAUAUCGUUCUCAUUGUUAUUUGCUCUCCGCCGACACCAACGCAUUCACACAGGGGAGAAACCAUUCUUGUGUAAGGUUUGUAACAAAUCCUUUGUACAAUCAUCAAGCCUCCGCGAGCACCAACGUAUUCACACAGGUGAGAAACCAUUCAGUUGCGAGACUUGUGACAAAUCAUUCUCGCGGUCAGCAAACCUCCGGACGCACCAACGCAUUCACACAGGGGAGAAACUGUUCAAAUGUGAGGCAUGUAACAAAUCAUUCCCUGACUCCUCCAGACUUUUGCUCCACCAGAGGAUUCACACAGGGGAGAAACCAUUCAGGUGCGAAGUGUGUGAAAAAACAUUCUCAACAUCAUCAAACCUCCACAGACACAAACGCACUCACACACGACCCACAAGCUAGGGAAGCAGAUGAACGUCACUAACAUGCGGUGGAGAGCUGCACCCUCUUUGAAGGAAGUUGAUGCUGGUGCGGAGCGUGAAAUUUUCCAGAUUCAAAAAGAAGCAGCAGCACUGAAAGUCAUCAAC